UGCCACCACACAGCCACCUACGGGUGCUGUAGUGACCCUUGCCCAGGAAAGGUGGGUUUUGCUCAAGUGAAAUUCUCUGCAAACGACGUCUGCUCACUUCCAUUCUCAGAACAAUCAAAGCCAUUGCGCAAAAUCCAGAGCACGCGCAUCAGUUUGGCACUGGAAUUUUUAUUCAAAUACAAAAUUACUACUACUCGGAAAUAAAAAAUAGCAAGAUGCCAGAUCGCUUCAGGGGCCGGCGGCCAGACAAUCGCCGCGGCGGCGGUCGUGGUGGAAGAGGUCGUGGUGGUGGUGGUGGCGGCAGAGGCCAAGGUCAAGGAUUCCGCCCAAACGCGCCGAGACAUCAUCAGGAUGAAGACGGAGAUACGGCCAUGUCAUCGCCGGCAGACUACACCGAUGUGCAGACACCACCUGAGGACUUCAAGCCGCCAUUGUCGGAGGCGGUACCCAAGGAUACGCCUCGCUUCGCCGAGCUGGCCAACCAGAACCUCAUCCACCCUCUCAUCGUCAAGACCAUCACUGAAGAUCUCAAAUUCGACCACAUGAUGCCGGUGCAAGCCGCGACUCUGUGGGAACUGUUGCCGCCGAGCCGAAGCGAUUGCUUGGUCCAGGCCAAGACGGGCACGGGCAAGACUGUGGCCUUUUUGCUGCCUGCGCUGCAGACCAUGAUUACCAACAACCGCGGCGGAAGCGACGCCAUCUCGCUACUCGUCAUCUCACCGACGCGCGAGUUGGCCAUGCAGAUUGCACAAGAGGCGAACAACCUGCUGCAGAGACUGCCCAAGUACCGCGUGCGUGUCGCCAUUGGCGGCACCAACAAGGACAAGGAGGAAAAGGCCAUUCUGGGAGGCUGCGACGUGUUGAUUGCCACCCCUGGCCGUCUUAUUGACCACAUGUCCAACGAGGAGAUCAUCUAUGCCUUCCGACAGCUCGAUACGCUGGUGCUCGAUGAGGCUGAUAGACUGCUGGACAUGGGCUUUAUGCCUGCGCUACGCGACAUUGUCAGCCGCCUGCCAGACCGCAAGGUAGUCAACCGCCAGGGCAUGCUCUUCUCUGCCACUAUUGCGGAGCACGUCAACAAGGUUGCCGGCCUUGUCCUGGAGCCUGGAUACAAGUUCAUCUCGACGAUCCCCAAGGGCGAGGCCAACACGCACGAGCGCGUUCCCCAGUCUCUGAUCAAGGUUCCCACGUUUGGCCAGGUCGUUCCCGCCAUGAUCGGCGCUAUCAAGAAGGAGGCGUCCCAGAACCCGUCGUUCAAGGGCAUUGUGUUUGCACCUACAGCUGCCCUGGCCAGCUUGUACUGCGAUAUCCUGUGCCUGAUCCCCGGCUUACCUCCCGUUUCCACGCUGCACAGCCGCAUGUCGCAAAACAAGCGCACCAAGACAACCAACGACUACCGCGACGCUGCUACGGCCCUGCUUGUCGCUACCGACGUCAUUGCGCGCGGCAUGGAUUUCCCUGGUGUUACGACAGUUUUCCAGGUCGGUAUUCCGGCUGACAAGCAAAGCUACAUUCAUCGCUUGGGCCGAACCGCCCGCGCCGACGCCGACGGCCGAGGCACGUUUAUUGUCACAGAAGCAGAGGCAUUCUUCCCCAAGUGGACCCUCAAGGAGAUCAACUUUAUCCCCGAGGACGCUGAUGUGAGCUCGGCACAGCUCGUCUACGAUAUCGUAGCGAAGAUGCCCGAGGAUGAGCGCGGCCAGGUCUACAAGGCAUGGCUCGGAUAUUACAACAAUCACCUCAAGGGUCUUCGAUGGGACAAGGAGGAGCUUGUCAGCCAGGCCAACGUUUACGCAAGCGAGGGCCUCGCUUGUCCUGAGACACCUGCCAUUCAGCGCAGCACUGUGGGCAAGAUGGGACUCCGUGGCGUCAAGGGCCUCAAUGUUGUGCCUGAUCGACCUAAGCAGGGUCGUGGAGGCCAGGGCGGUGCUGGUGGUGGUGGCGGUGGUCGCAGCGCAGGCAAUGGCGGAGGCAGAGGAGGCCGCGAAGGUGGAGGAGGUGGUGGUAGGCGUCGCUAA